GCGACUAUGCAAGAUUCAAACAGUAUUCCGGGUAGGUAGCACAUGACGUAAUCCCCCUGGCUCGGGUGUCCCUUCCAAAGUUCCCAUGGAUUGAAUCGCGUGUGGCUGGUGCCAGGUGUCAAGCCGUAGAGGUAGGUACCUACCUAGGUACACAUUGUAUCACCGCCACCUCUCAUGUCAUCAAUCAAUCCAGGCCUCCACCUCUUGACGCCCGGGUGGCUAUCAAUCGCAUCGCAUCACAUCACAUCCUGUCGCCUGCUUCAUCUCAAACACUGCAUCCAGCCAUCCUAAUCUACAGAAAUUCGUUCACUAUCCUGGGGACACACAGGCGCUUCUGCCGUUGUCCCAGAUCUUUCACAAAAUGGGUGCCCUCCUAUCCAUACCCAUGCUGGCAGUGCCCAGCGUAGGCACCAUCAUGUCUGUCGCUGCGAGCUGCUGCGGCGCUGCAACUUGCUCCAUGGUCUGCAGUGCCUGCGGCAAGUGUGGUAACAGUGUCGCUACGCGUAUCGCCUACGCCCUCCUCUUACUCGUUAACUCUGUAUUAUCGUGGAUCAUGCUCACACCAUGGGCCAUCGAAAAAUUGCAACAUCUCGCCCUCGACUACGUUAAAAUAAACUGCCCGACCGGACAAUGUUAUGGAUGGCUCGCCGUUCACCGUAUCAACUUCGCACUUGGUCUAUUCCACCUGAUAUUCGCCAGCCUCCUGUUCGGCGUCACUUCUUCCAAGAAUCCCCGUGCCGCUCUACAGAAUGGCUACUGGGGUCCCAAAGUCAUUGCCUGGAUCGCCUUCAUCGUUCUCUCGUUCCUCAUCCCCGAUCAGUUCUUCCAGUUCUGGGGCAACUACAUCUCCUUCCUCGGCGGCAUGCUCUUCCUCGUCCUUGGCCUGAUUCUGUUGGUUGAUCUUGCUCACAACUGGGCAGAGUACUGUCUUGAAAAGAUUGAAAAUACCGACUCUAGGUUCUGGAGAAUUGUUCUCAUUGGAUCCACGCUUAGCAUGUAUCUGGGAUCUCUGGUUAUGACCAUCAUCCAAUACAUCUUCUUCGCUCAGGGUGACUGUGCCAUGAACCAGGCAGCAAUCACUAUCAACCUUCUUUUCUGGCUGGCCAUCUCCUUCAUCUCCGUACACCCGUCCGUGCAAGAGUACAACCCGAAGGCCGGUCUUGCUCAGGCCGCUAUGGUUGCUAUUUACUGCACGUACCUUACCAUGUCCGCCGUUUCCAUGGAACCUGAUGACAAGCACUGCAACCCCUUGAUUCGUGCACAGGGCACACGCACUACGUCCGUCGUCAUCGGCGCCAUUGUAACCAUGCUGACAGUUGCGUACACUACCACGCGCGCCGCCACACAGAGUUUGGGUCUUGGAAAUAACAGAGGUAGCAUCAGACUUCCCGAUGACGAUGAUGAGCAUAACCUCGUCACUCAGCAACCCGGUCGCCGUGAGAUGCGGGCUGAAGUUCUUCGCCGAGCCGUCGAGGAAGGCAGUCUACCAGCAGACGCGCUCUUAUCCGACGACGAUGAUGAAGACGACGAAGGUAAUGGCAAAACACCCCACGACGACGAGCGCGGACACACACAAUACGACUACUCAGUAUUCCACAUCAUCUUCUUCCUCGCCACAUGUUGGGUGGCUUCCCUACUCACAAGCUACUCGGAGGGCGACGGAAGCACCGACGGUGAAUUCGCGACGGUCGGACGCACAUAUUGGGCUAGCUGGGUCAAGAUUAUCAGUGCCUGGUUCUGCUAUUGUUUGUAUAUCUGGACACUAGUCGCACCGGUCAUGUUGCCGGAACGAUUCGAUUCCUAGUAGGCGCGGUUUAUUCAGGAGUUGGGUGGCACGUCCAGAUUAGCAUGUAUAACGUUUUUGGCGGAAUUUGUUUAUUUUAGUGUAUAAGAGGUUGAUCCAACAGCCCAGAAUAUCCCUAGUAACGCGGGGCGAAUCAAUAUAUUUUAUUUGUUAUAGCGUGUUUAGUGCGGCUUGUUGAAGAGAUUGUCACGUAAAUUCUUUGCGUGGGAAAAUGCAACUGGUGUUUUGAUACUUGCACUCAUAAUGUGUUGCAUACCUACGUAUUCAAGAUCCCCUUUGCCUAGACUCUCCUUUUCCGACACGUUGAGACAGGAUCAAGUCUAAACUAAGAUGUGAUUAGUCUUGGACGCCUCAAAGCUUGUUUAAUUGAUUCAUCGAGAUUAUUACUAUCCACCGCCCCUUAUA